UAGAAGACUAAAAGCUUGCUCAUUAAAAAGAGCAAUUAAAAAACUUUCCCUUAAUAAACAAAGACAAACGCGUUGUUGUACACUGCACCUUCGCGUUCCUUCCCUGUAUUCACACAAAGUCAAAUACCCUUCACGUUCCAAAAUAAAUAUCCCAACAUAACAUAACACAACACAACCCAUACACAUAACAAAAUUCAACUUCUCCGCCGGCGAUGCUGUCCUCCGCAUCACCACCGCCACAUCCUCCGCCUCAAGCAAAGAAAAAACAGAGUUCCACCGUCGUUACUGGUUGCUCUUUCCUCUUCGCGCUUCUCCACUGCCUCCGCAACGAAAAACGAACUACUCCAUCCUCCGACUCAGACUCCAACCCUCCUCAUCCCUUCUCCUACUCCCUCCUCCGCCGCGCAACGAACUCGUUCUCCAAUAUCCUCGGUCACGGUGGAUUUGGUCCUGUCUAUUCCGGUACCCUCCCUUCCUCCGGUAAACUAAUCGCUGUCAAGCUUAUGAACUCUAUUACUUCCUCCGUCGGCUGCCAAGGCGAACGUGAAUAUCACAACGAACUCUUCUUUGCCGCCAGACUCAAUUCCAACCUCCUUGUCCCCGCAAUCGGUUUCUCAUCCGAUCCAAAACGUCGCCGUUUCCUUCUCGUAUAUGAUCUCAUGAAAAACGGUAACCUCCAUGACGCGCUUUUCCGUCGUAAAUACCCCGAGUUAACGCUAUGGAAAACACGGUUUUCGAUAAUUCUCGAUGUCGCGAAAGGAAUUCAAUAUCUUCAUUCUUGCGAUCCGCCAAUCAUCCAUGGUGAUAUUAAACCUAGUAAUAUUCUCCUUGAUCAUUCCUUUUCGGCUAAAAUUGCAGAUUUUGGUCUCGCGAGGUUGAAAACCUUUUCACCUUUCGAGUUCAGAAAAGAGGAGUUCGAUAGUGAUGAGACAGAAAUUGAGAGUGUUAACACUAGCUUUGAAGAAUAUGAAACAGACAUGGUUGGUAGUGUUGGUGGCAGAAUGAAGAAGAAUGGGAGUGUAAAGGAUUAUGUAAUGAAUUGGAUUGGUAAAGAAGUGAAGGAGGAAAGUUCAAAGAAUGGUGAACUGUUGGGUGGAAAUGGAAGUGGAAAGGUAGAGAAAAGCAAGAGCAAGAAGAAAAUGGAGUGGUGGGAAUCAAUGGAGGAGGGAAAUGGAAAGGGUGAUUUGAAGAAGAAAGAGAAGAGAAGACCGGCAAGGGAGUGGUGGAAGGAAGAGUAUUCUAAAGAGCUCGCCAACAAGAACAGGAAGAAAAAGAGUGGAAAAGAUGGUGAUAGUUGGUGGAAGUGGGAGAGAGAUCGCGAUGAUGUUGAUGAUAAUGAUGCGAAAAAAAGUAGUAAAAACCGUAGCAGAAAGGAUCGUGGUAGUGGUGAUUCAUGGUUGAGUGGUAGUGGUGAGUUAAGGAGAGUUAAUUGGAAUAGCUAUGAUUCAUGUAAUAGCGGAGAAAUUCAAAAGAGUGGUGAAAUCAGCAGUACAACAAGUAUGCGAGGAACUGUUUUUUACGUCGCGCCUGAAAAUGGUUAUAGUGGUAAUGAUAUAACAGAGAAAUGUGAUGUUUAUAGUUUUGGGGUGUUAUUGCUUGUUAUUGUUUCUGGGAGGAGGCCUCUUCAGAUGAAUGAUGAUGGUGUGCAUGUUUCUGAGUUUAAGAGAGCAAAUUUGGUGUCUUGGGCUAGACAUUGUGGACGGAAUGGGAAACUACUUGAACUUGUUGAUCCUUGUGUUGAGAUGUUGUUAGGGGAUGAUAGAGAGCAGGCUCUUCUGUGCAUUAGAGUUGCAUUGAUUUGUUUGAUGAAAUCGCCUAAUCGACGUCCUUCGAUGAAACAAGUUGUGAGAAUGCUUAGUGGGGAAUUGAAACCACCUAAAUUGCCACAUGAGUGCUCGCAAACUCGAUUCCAAUUCAAGAAUCGGAAAGAAAAUUUGUGAAUGUCGGGGUAGUUAGUUUGAUAGACAUUCUUAAGAUUUAGCUGCAAAGAAUCUUCAAGUAUGUUGACGGCUAUCCAACUAACUAUAAGAAAUCAGCAUCCACAUUUGGGGAAGUUAUGUUCACAUGAAAAUGAGGUUACUAUUUUUUUGGACAUCAUGUAGGCUCCCACAUUUGGGGAAGUUAUGUUCACAUAAAAAUGAGGUUACUAUUUUUUUGGACAUCAUGUAGGCUCCAUCCAUUUCUUUGUUUCACUUGUCCUUAGGAUUGAUUUGUGUACAGAGAACCAUGUUCUUUCACACUGACUUUUAGGCGUGUCUUGAAAAUAAUGCUGUAGUAUAGGGUCAUUUUUUUGUAGUUCAUAUAACUUUUGAUGAAAAAAUUGGUUACCUUUUAAAUAUCUAGUUAUUCUUUUAAGUAGUCCAUUAUAGUUUGCUGCUUGGGCUAACUUUGACUUAGAAUUUGGAAUAUUUAAUUUUUAUU